CAGCGCCGGCGUCCUCCCUCCUCUUCCCCCUUUCCUUGCUUGGAAGCACCGCCCCAGCUCGCUGCUUCGGGCGGCUGUCGCCAUGGGUCCCGCCGCGGUGCUGCCGGUGCUGCUGUUGCCGCUGGCGGUGGCCGCGGGCGGCCCGGAGGUGCGCAGCCUGCGCGGGAGCUGGCGGCUCCGCAGCGGGAACGGCUCGGUGUCGCUCCGAGCGGAGGUGCCGGGCUGCGUUCACACCGCGCUGCUCUGCCGGGGCCUCAUCCAGGAUCCAUACUAUAGAUUUAAUGAUGUGAUGUACAGAUGGAUCUCACUAGAUAACUGGACUUACAGCAGGACGUUCAAAACUCCUUUUGACAUCAGAAAGUGGCAGAAAGUGAAUUUGGUUUUUGAGGGAGUAGAUACAGUAGCACUGAUCCUGCUCAACAAUGUCACUCUGGGGAGAACAGACAACAUGUUCAACAGAUAUAGCUUUGAUAUUACCAGCGUGAUCCAGGAGGUCAAUUUCGUUGAGGUCCGUUUCUUGUCAGCCGUUUCAUACGCAGCGGAGCAGAGCAGAUGUCACAAAGCACACAGCAUCCCCCCGGCGUGCCCUCCACCUGUGCAGAAAGGAGAGUGCCACGUUAAUUUCAUCAGGAAGGAGCAAUGCUCAUUUAGUUGGGAUUGGGGCCCUUCUUUUCCCACUCAAGGAAUCUGGAAAGAUGUUAGGAUUGAGGCCUAUAACCAUUAUCACCUGAUUUACUUUUCUAUAACUCCUUUCUUUGCAAAGAGUACUCAGCAGUGGUAUCUUGAAGUUGAGUCUAUUUUUGAUGUAGUCAGCUCCAAGCCAAUUGCAGGUCUUGUGACUGUGAACAUUCCCAAGUUACAAACGCAGCAAACCUUCAGUGUGAAGCUUCAACCUGGAGAAGGCAGCAUUGUGCUGCUUGUAAACAUCAACAAGAGUGCUGCAGUGGAGGCUUGGUGGCCAAAUGGACAUGGAAAGCAAACUGGAUACAACAUGACCACAACUUUCAUGAUGGAGGCAGGAUGCCAGAUUGAGAAAUUUUCAAAGGUUUAUUUUCGGACAGUAGAACUUGUUCAGGAGCCUAUUCCUGGCUCACCAGGUCUGAGUUUCUACUUCAGAAUCAAUGGCCGACCCAUUUUUAUUAAGGGCUCAAACUGGAUUCCAGCAGAUUCUUUCCAGGACAGAGUGACCUAUGACACACUAAGGCUGCUCUUGAAGUCUGCAGCAGAUGCUAACAUGAAUGCCCUUCGGGUUUGGGGAGGAGGAGUAUAUGAACAAGAUGAAUUUUACGAUAUUUGUGAUGAAAUAGGAAUAAUGAUUUGGCAGGAUUUCAUGUUUGCGUGUGCGCUGUAUCCAACUGACCAGAAUUAUUUAGAAUCCGUAAGAGCAGAAGUUUCUCAUCAGGUGCGACGUUUAAAAUCUCAUCCAUCAAUUAUUCUGUGGAGUGGUAACAAUGAAAAUGAAGCCGCAAUUGCAAGCAACUGGUUCUCCAUUCCUUAUCCUGACAUAGGAGUCUAUAUCAAAGACUACGUGACCCUUUAUGUGGAGAACAUACGUAAAAUAGUUCUUAGUGAAGAUAAGAGUCGUCCUUUUGUGGCAUCCAGUCCCACCAAUGGCUUGGAGUCAGUUAAAGAAGGCUGGGUCUCCCAGAAUCCUUAUGACACCCAUUAUGGUGACACACACUUUUAUGACUACAGCAGUGACUGCUGGAACUGGACAGUGUAUCCUAAAACUCGUUUUGCUUCAGAGUAUGGAUUUCAGUCCUGGCCUUCCUUCAGUACAAUUGAAAAGGUUUCCUCCCCUGAGGACUGGUCCUACACAAGCAAUUUUUCUCUCCAUCGGCAGCACCAUGAAGGUGGCAAUAUUCAGAUGCUUCAAGAGGUUGGGCGUCAUUUCCAGCUUCCCCAGAGCCCAGAUCCUGUAAAGAAGUUCAAGGAUAUGAUUUACCUCACUCAGGUGAUGCAGGCUCAGUGUAUAAAGACAGAAACUGAAUUCUAUCGUUUUAGUCAAAGUGAAAUAAUCAAUGGAGAAGGACACACCAUGGGUGCUCUGUACUGGCAGCUCAAUGACAUUUGGCAGGCACCUUCAUGGGCUUCCUUGGAGUAUGGUGGUAAGUGGAAACUGCUCCAUUAUUUUGCCCAGAACUUCUUUGCACCACUGCUGCCUGUGGCCUAUGAAGACAAAGGGAUGUUGCAUAUUUAUGGUGUCUCAGAUCUUCAUGAGGACCACAAACUGACUUUAAGGGUCAUAGUGCACGCCUGGAGCUCUUUGGAGCCCUUGUGCACCCUUGCCAAGGAAGGUGUGACUGUUAAAGCACAGAGUGCUGUCCCCAUCUACAAGGAGUCCAUCAGUGACCUUCUGGAAAGAUGCAGAUGUUGUAGCAGGAAAAGCUGUGUUGUUACUUUCUGUCUCGUGGGAGAAGAUGGGCUCCAGAGUCCUAUGAACCAUUACUUCCUUUCAUCACUCAAGGAUGCCGUGGGAUUAGAGAAGACCCAGCUUAGUGCCUCUGUGUCCCAACAAGAUGACAUUUAUAUAUUUGUUCUUCAGACCACCGCAAUCGCUCCUUUUGUUACUCUGGAUGUAGGGAGUAUAAGAGGCAGAUUUAGUGAUAAUGGUUUCCUCAUGACUGAAAAGAAGAAAAUGGUUGUGUUUUAUCCUUGGGAACCUACCAGUGUUGCAGAACUAGAAAGUUCACUAGUCUUGACCUCUCUACUGGACGUUGUCUGAGAAUACUUCAUUUCCUUCUAGAUAAAGAGUGAAACAGGAGGAGAAAAGCAAAUUUGAAAGAAUUUGAUUGAAGCUGAAGUGACAUGCACUUUGAGCUGUCUGAAGAACAUACUGUCUCUUCCUGUCUUGUGAAUUUUAACUGCUGGUUCAAUGUAAAGAUAACAACAGCAAAGCUUACAUAUAAUAUACGUGGUGUAUUGAAAACACAUCCAUAUUUUUUUCUAGUUUCACUAUUCUGUAAGUGGAAAUUCAGUUUAGGAUAACAGCCAGGUAUGCUGGGGGCAAGGGAGAAGGGCAGGGAGUGAAGCUGGGACUGCCUCCAAUAGGCCACUGAGCCACUCCAUGGGCAGGUUGCUAAACAUUUGGCUUGGCUUGUCUGUCAGCCAUGGUUUGAAAUGCAGCUGGGAUCCUGCUGGGGUUCCACAAGGAUCUUCUGUCCACCCAAGCAAAUAUUAAUUUGUUGCAAAGCAGAAUCAGCACCACAGCAGGUGGAGUUUGAAUGAGCUCUGCCCCUGAUGUCCAUUGCUGUGGUAAAAGCAGCACGUGGGCAUUGCUCACUGGUGCUGGGGGGGAGCAGCUCUGUGUUCCAUUGGAGAAUUCAGACUCCAUUUCAGCUGUGAUCACAGUUUUAAUGAGCAUGUUGAUACUUUGGUUUGGUGACCCAAACCAAAACUGACAUACUCCUGAGCGAGAGGAAGAACUUAGAGAUGAAAGGGAAGUGAUAAAUAGAGUUUCUUACAAAUGCUUUAUUGGGUCACCAAAACAACUAACUGCAGUUGCAUCUGGUUCACAACAAGUCCUAGUUAAAAGAAGACAUGAAAACAAUGAAAAUAUGGAUGUGUAUGUAUGUGCCAGUGUUAAUAGAUUCUGUAAAAUAGGGAAAAUAACAAUCAUGAGUAAAACUUAACAAAUGCAGGCAUUGACAAAGGAAAUUAAAAAGUUAUUCUGAGAGGCAUCACGGCCCAACAAUACCAGAAAAAUCCUUCAGUUUUUUUGGUGUCCUGGAAUCAAGGUGGAAUCAAAGCAUCAGUAAAGUCAGUAUAAGGUAAGAAACAAAAAAUUAGGAGAAUAUAUGAUUAAUAUGUACUGCUGCAGUGUAUUAGGAAGAGGGCAAGUCUGUUGAUGUCUUUUUUUUACACUGAUGGAGAAAUGUCUCUUCCAGCAACAUCUAGACAGAAUUUCAAAAUGGCACUUAAUAGUGUUGAAUAAAUAAAACUUUGGAGAAAUCACUUGUUUAGAGACAAUCAAGAGACCUAUCUGGAGGUCAGGGAUAUUUGUUCAUCUCAGCAUAUGAGUGAAGUUUGAGAUAUGUAGAAAAAUUUUUAGAUUGCUAGAAGCAAAACCCAUUCAUUAAUUUUGAUAACUGUGACCUCGUCUAGGCUCGCACAAUUUUUAGGAAAAAUCUUGAAAGAAAUGAUGUGGUAAAUGAUUAAUGAAGUGGCUAUGCAAAUAAAGUCUACCAGCACAGUUAUACAUAACUGUAUUCUAUUAUUUUUUUUUCUCUGUUGCUUUCUGCAAUUACCAGAUUGACAAAGCAAGGUUUGGGCAAUUUUUAAAAUGAUUGCUGUUUUUGAAGGUCAAGAGCUCCGUAAGGAGUAGAUCCCUUCUUUCUCACUGAAAAUCUUUAAUUCAGCACUAGGUGCCAUUAUGAAAGAUUGCCAAUUGCUUAAGCCAAAUGCUUGAACACAAAACAGAAUUUAAAGAGAAAGGUUGUCUUCCAUUAUUGUUUCAAUAUCCUUAAUAUGUUCUUUUGGGUUCCUGGUGCUGUCGUAGGUGUAUCUUUAUGGAAGCUGUUCUCACCAUGCAGCAGUGGCUGUGAGGUGUGCUUUGGUUCACCAUUGGUACUUUCACAGUGGCAUCCUGUGCUGUAUUGGUUACAUUGUUCUGCCUUUGUCUCAGAUGAGGGCAGAGAUGGGAGGUACCUGCACUCCUACCCACACAUCGAUCUUGCCAGCUGAGUGAGCGUUGUUGCAGCUGCAGCACACCUGUAUUGCCAGUUCUGUCUGAGGGGGUUGGGCAGCAGGAGCCUUAGGAGAGCAUUUGCUAGGUGUGGUGCUUGUCCUCAGUGUCAUUGCAUUAUUGGUGGCAGCAGUAGGGAGGACUGGCCCUGUCAGUGUUCUUUCAGGGUGCUGCCUUGCAAUGUCUUGUUAGGGACCAGUGAAUUCUCCUGUGCUCAUGGCCUUUGUUUGCUCCCAGGCCGCUCUGGGCUGUUCUUUACUGAUGGCAAAAGCAGCAGCCAGAGUGCCCCACAGCCAUGACAAAUGGCCUUCCAGAACAGAACUUGAGAGCAGGUUUGGGAAGAACACUGUAUGGUGUUGGCCAAUCUGUUGUCCUAAAACCAUUCUCUGGCUGGGAUUUAGCUGUGAACACAUUCUGGGCUUGCACAUUUUGAGCUUUGGAGGGCACCUGUUUGUACUUUCUGCCACACAAGGCCAGUAAACUGGAGCAAAAUAGGUCUUCCAUGUCCUUGGAAGCUUUUUCAAGUUCUGCAUCUUCUCCAAGAAAGAAGCAUGCAAAUGUAUCUAAAAAUUACUAAGUGUUGAUAGUUCUCUGUUAGUCUUUCUUGUUACCUGUUGUUUGCAUACCUUGUGGUCUGGACAAAUUUUCUGCCUUAGAGGCACGUAUUUCUUCAGUACUUUUACUUCUGUUAGUUACCUUUUGGUUUUGGAGAUGUCUAGCAGAGACCAUUUCAGUGACUUCAACCAGUGUCAGGAGCAGAGAAAUGGGCCAGUGAAUUUCUUAUUUUCAGUACAGGAGAGCUGGGCUUUGAAACUUACAAGCCAGCCUUUUUAUUGUCAGAAUCACUGUUUUCUUUCUUACCCCUUAGGGUACCAGGAACUUGUGGUUUGACAUUUUUAGGACAGGUUUCAAUCCAAGAGUUGUGUUUACAUAACCUUGCUUUCCAGCCAGAUGUUACAAGGUAGCAAACCAACAGCCCCAAAUUAAUUCAAUUAGCGUGGAAAGCCAAAACUUAAAUGAAAGAAGGCCAUCUCUGUAAGAAGUAGUCAGUCAGUAGAAACCUAUAAUACCUGAGCUAGAGCUCUUCUGCAUUGUGCAUCUGCAAGGGUGACUGGAUGGCUAAAAAAUUCUAUGGUAGUUUGGUUUAAAUGAGGCCAUGGGAAUCCUCUGCAGCCUUGAAAAAAAUACUCCACCCUGGCUCUAAGUGGGAUAUCAGGCUGCUUGAUAAUAGUGAAAGGAGGAAAUCAACUCCUUGGUAAUUAACUUGUGUUGUCUUUUGCUGUAGGAAUCUUUUGAAGCCAGCAAAAGUUUGGACUGCACCACUGGCCAUUAGUCUAGAACUGCUUUAUUUCAUCCACAGGAUCAUCCAGAAAUGCCAUAAGCUGUGGAUGGUGGGAGUGACACCCAGGUUACCGAAGACUGAGCUGAGCCAAGAACGACCCUGUCAACGCUCUAUCUUUGUGCCACAAAAAUUGGCUAGAAAUUUCUUUUUGAGACAAACAUUUGAAGAGCUUUCAUCAAGUAAGUGACCCUGAAAUAGGAACAAAUCAGUAGCAUCUAUCACCUGUGCAGGAUCCACAGGAGGAGUACUGACUGCAAGAGCUGAAACUGAAGGUACGAUGUGGGAUCAACGUGACUAAAACAGUGGUGGUACCUUAAGAGUUCAGUCUUGUUUUUCUGAACAAACAUCUUAAAAUAAGCUAUGUGAUACCCUCCAUGUUGCAGAGAGAGCAGAACAGCUCUUGCCCUUCAAGAUGAAUCUAAAGGGGCAAUAUGUGUACGUACAAGCACAUUUUUGGGUGGGUGUGAAGGUUUAUUCAUGACUGACCAAACAGUUUUCUAUGGAGAAUAAACUGGCAAUGUUAGACUGGAA